UUUAUUUCAGAUUCUCACCUAUAAAUCCCCACGCCCAUUUCCAUUCUCUUCUUCCACAUCAGAACUCUGCAAAUUUCUCAUCAUCAUCAUCGUCGUCUUUAAUAUGGCUGAAGAGUUUCAAGAAUCAGAUAUCAUCUUCUCCGAUUACGAUCGCCGUCACGAAGACAGAAACACCAUCAACAACAGCAACAGCUACUUCACCGAGCAACACGGUGAAGGAGUGGUUCGGAACAAGAAGAAGAAUAAGAAAGUAACGUCAAAUUCGGUUCCGGUUAAUAUUAAUAUCCCGGAUAACAUUUACCACUUCGUGGAUACGGAUGAGUUUGAAGAAGAAUAUGAAGACGGAGAAAUCACUCCGCCGCAUGUAAUCGUUGGGAGAAGGAUUCCAGGGAAAAUGGCGUUUUCUGUUUGUACAGGAAAUGGGAGAACGUUAAAAGGGAGAGAUUUAAGUCGAGUUCGGAAUUCAAUUUUAAGAAUGACUGGUUUUUUGGAAGCAUGACCUUUAAUUAAUUUGUUCAUAACUAUUAUUUGUUUAGAGAAAAUAAGAAUUCCAAGUAUCCUGUAAUUCUUGUAUUGUAAAACGAAAACAAAAAAUUUAUUCGGAAAUUAUUAGAAACAGAAUUGUUCA